UCCCUUUUUUGCAAUCAACUUUUUAUUUAUGAUUCUGUGUUUGCUUCUACCAGAACUCUUUUCCCUUUUUGUGAUGAUACUUAAUGGGUUGAACUCAUAUUUUAGUAAAUUAUUAUUAUUAUGCUGUGUUCACUCAAGCCGUGAUAAUAUUGUGAUUGUGAUUUUUACGAGUUUUAUACUUGUUCUUAUUUGCUUUUGAUGUUGUAAUUGCUGUUAAGUUGUCAUGGGUAUACUGAAUUAGCUUUAAGAAGAGUAAUAAUUAGCUAUCUGAAUAUCUAGAUUGUGUUUGGUAUGAUAAUGAAGGAAAAUGUUUUCUAUACUAACGUUAGCGAAGUCAUUUUCCUCUUUUUUGACCAACCAAACAUGGAAAAAUUGGAAAACAGAAAAUGUUUUCCUUCAUACCAAAAAACACUUAGCCCCCAGGGCUUAGUUCAAGCGGCACGGGUUGAGGGACUUAUGACUUAGGUCACAGGUUCGAGGGUUGUGUCAUGUGAAUCAAGCCUGGUAUUUAAGUGGAGAAGGGUAGAGCGCAGACCCAUUAUCCCGAAUUUUGAAGGCUGUCCCCAGACGUAGUUCUUGGUCAUAAAAAAAGGAAAAAGUAGAUGGGGCUACCCUGUGCAGGUGUGCAUGAGGUGCUCCUUUGCUUGUAGAGAAGUAGGGAAAAGUGGGUGUAUACCUAACAUAGUCCUUUACUAAUCACUUGCGUUUUUGAAAUGUAGAAGACUAAUUACUGAUAUGCAUUAGUGCUCCCACGACCUCUAAGGCUAAUCUGCCACUGCUGUUUCUGCUCUUCUGAUCACCCAUGUUUUCUUGCUAACCAUGUGGUAUAUUCACCUUAAGAUUUAUGUCUGUGUUUUCUUCUGGUGCCCCUAAUAUUCCAAGAAAUGAUCUAAUUUCUUUUAUUAGUGUAUGUCAUAAACUCCUUUCGUUCUGUUUUAUGUGCAUUUUUGGUAUUUUCUGGUUGUUAUGCAUUCACUUCAUUACAGUUUUUGCAAUUCCUUCACUCAUCUAAUUGUUGUUUGUGUUUAUAGUUCUUUUUCCUUGCUUGAUAUAUAGCUGCUCACACAUUAUGUGCUUUAAGCUUAAAGUUCCAGUAAACCUUGACACUUUUGACUGGCAAAUAAAUGAAAUCCAUUUUGCUGCUUCAUGAGAUAGUUGGUGGAUGAAUAUAAAGUGCCCUUUGUUCUUCGAACGUCAUACUAUAUAGUACCAUUCCAUCUUUUUUGUGUUCGACCUUUCUUCUUAAUAUGUCCAAAUUAUUUUAGGGAUUCUUUUUUCCUUUUGGGUAAAUGUAAUAGGACAUUCUGCUGCCAUGGGUGGCAGAGUGGUUCCCUACAAGUUUUUUGUAUCAAAUGGACACACAUUAACCAAUCGACGAUCAGCUGACCUUGUAUUGUGAUAAUUCCUUUUGUGUUCCCUUCCAUUUGUUAACAAGUAGAUGGUUCAUUAUUGACUAUAAACGGGAUUCCUGUAUCAAGAGGCGUAUACACCAAAGCCUGAGAAAAGUUUCAUCUUAUUGAUCUAGACACGUAAGGGUGUCUUAUGUACUCCAACGCAGACCAAAGCAGCAAAAUCAUUUGCAAUUUUAUGAGCGGUUCUAUUUGCGUUCAGAAAUUUCUCUUUCCAUCUGUUCACUGGCUGUUGCAAGCUCUGUUGCUUGUACAUCUCCUACCCCAUGUUGUCCAACUCAUCAAGGCACAACUUAUUGGAGUAUGUUAUGGGAUAAAUGGCAACAACUUACCAUUACCUAUGAAUGUUGUAGAUCUUUACAAAGCUAAUGGCAUAACAAACAUGAGAGUCUAUGAUCCAAUUCCUGAAAUACUCAUUGCUCUCAAGGGAAGUAACAUUGAAAUCAUUCUUGAUAUUCCCAAUGACAAACUUCAAGCCUUAAACGAUCCUAAAGAAGCUACCAAUUGGGUCAUUGUCAAUGUUAUGAAUUAUUUUUCGCAAGUCAAAUUCAAAUAUAUAAAUGUUGGAAAUGAAGUAUCUCCUAUUAAUGUUGCAACAUCUCAAUUUGCUCCCUUGCUUCUCCCGGCCAUGACAAACGUGCAACAAGCUAUAACCAAAUUCAAACUACAGAAUCAAGUGAAGGUCACAACAGCUAUAGAGACCGGGCUUUUGGCGAAUACAUAUCCACCAUCUCAGUCAGUAUUUCGCGAUGAUGUGAGCAGUUUCAUCAACCCGAUCAUUGGAUUCUUGAAACAGAAUAACUCACCUUUGCUAGCAAAUAUUUAUCCAUAUUUUGCUUAUAUUGGCGACCCUGAUCAUGUUGCACUCCCUUAUGCACUAUUUACACAACAAGAACCCGACCCAUCGGGUUAUUAUAAUCUUUUUGAUGCUAUGUUGGAUUCAAUUUAUUAUGCAACUGAAAAAGCUGGUGGAGAUAACGUGGAAAUUGUUGUUUCUGAAAGUGGAUGGCCGUCUGAUGGUGGUGUUGGAGCAAGUAUAGAUAAUGCCGCGACUUAUUAUAGGAAUUUGAUUAGACAUGUGAAGCCAGGAGCAAAAACUACACACAAGCCUGGAAAUGCUAUAAACGCUUAUUUAUUUGCUAUGUUUGAUGAAAAUGAAAAGCCAGGGGCUGAGACGGAGAAGCAUUUUGGAGUGUUCCAUCCUGAUAAAACUCAGAAGUAUAAUCUUACCUUCUAG